CAACCUCUAGAUAGGGGUAAUUACCCUCUCCAGACUCCACGUGUGGGAUUUCACUGGGUUUGUUGUUGUUGUUGCUGUGAGACAUCCUCAGAAGUGAAAGUCCACCAAAUGUUAUAGUGUGAACCUCUAGAUAGGGGUAAUUACCCUCCCCAGACCCCACGUGUGAGAUUUCACUGGGUUUGUUGUUGUUGCUGCUGAGAGACAUCCUCAGAAGUGAAAGUCCACCAAAUGUUACAGUGUGAAUCUAUAAUGAAAUAACAUAGUUUUGUUUACUACUGUUAAGUAAAACUGAGUACACUUAAUAUUCUAGAUGCUUCUGUUUUUUUCAUUAUAAACAAGAAGUAGCAAUGCAGAAAACAUGACUAACAAAUGGACCAACUUACUUCCAAACAACAACUGAAUCACAAACAUUGUGUGUCACUUCCUCCUAUAACUCUAUGAAAUCAUACAAUUCCAGUUUGAUUAAUAGCUUAAACAUGGAGAAGAGGAUCCAACUGAUAAGAAGUCAGCUUUUUGUACAACGUCCAUACUUGUUUCUUCUUUCAGUAGCCUUUGCUUUCCUUGUUACAGAUCCAUUCGGUUUAAGUCCAGUCGGAGAAAAUGACUUUAGGCCAGUGAAGAAUGACAUUGCACCAUAUGAACAAGUCAUGGAAAGUUGGCAUGGAGACAAGAAAAGCCGGUUAAGCCGCGGAAAUUUGGAGUUUGUUAAUGAAAUUUAUGGUCCUGAAUCACUAGAAUUUGAUAUUUCAGGCCGUGGACCAUAUGCUGGACUAGCUGAUGGACGCAUUGUAAGGUGGCUCGGGGAAGACAUUGGCUGGGAAACAUUUGCACUUGUCACUCAUAACUGGUCGGAGAAGCUGUGUGCAAAAGGGAAAGAUUCAACGACGUCUAAGCAAUGGAAAGUGGAACCACAAUGUGGGAGGCCGCUUGGCCUGAGGUUCAACAAGCAGAGCGGCGAUUUGUACAUAGCAGAUGCUUACCAUGGACUCCUGGUUGUUGGUCCUGAAGGAGGCGUCGCGACGCCCUUGGCUACACAUGUCGAGGGGAAGCCCAUACUCUUCGCCAACGACCUUGAUAUCCAUACAAAUGGCUCCAUCUUCUUCACUGAUACUAGCAAGAAAUACAACAGAGUGAACCAUUUUCUCAUAAUGUUAGAAGGAGAAGACAGUGGUAGGAUUCUUAGGUAUGAUAUUGCUACAAGAAGUACUCAUGUUGUUUUGGAUGGAUUGGCUUUCCCUAAUGGUGUACAAUUAUCAAAGGAUCAAUCUUUUCUUCUCUUCACUGAAACAACCAAUUGUCGGCUAAUGAAAUUGUGGCUAGAGGGUCAAAAAGCAGGCAAUGUUGAGGUUAUCGCGAACUUGCCAGGAUUUCCCGACAAUGUAAGGGCGAACGAGAAAGGUGAGUUUUGGGUGGCGAUUGAUUGUUGUCGAACAAGAUCACAAGAAGUUCUAAUUCAUAAUCCAUGGAUGAGAAGCAUAUAUUUUAGAUUGCCAGUUCAAAUGCGUUACUUAGCAAGAUUGAUGGGAAUGAGAAUGUACACUGUUAUCUCACUCUUCAAUGAAAAUGGAGAAAUUAUUGAUGUUCUUGAAGAUAAGAAAGGUGUAGUUAUGAAGUUAGUAAGUGAAGUUAGAGAAAUCAAUGGGAAGCUAUGGAUUGGAACUGUUGCUCAUAACCAUAUUGCUACCCUUCAUUACCCUUAAUUAGAGAUUAAA